AUGUGCAGAGGUCCUUUAGCUCUUAGUGUAUAUGAAGUCCCUACUCCAACGUCAGCGCCUAGUCCGGAAGACGAUCUUCCUGAUGAGGGUAGUAGCGUCAUUCUUUCUGAUGAUGAUGAUGAGAUAAUAGGGGAGUGA